AUGGUUCAGCCUGAGCCUGUUUCACCAUUCGAUCUAUUUGGGGUGUUUGCUAUCGAGAUUGUUGAGGAGAUCCAAAUAGUUCUUACUCCAGAGCUUAUGGAGGACGUUACAGUUGGAUUCAUCUCUCGUUUUGAUGAUGUUUAUGAUUUUGCAUAUAUGGAUUUGAGUAUUUUCAAGUAUUUGCCUGUCUCUUGUGAUAGUAUUUAUAUACUUGCACCCUACUCACCCACUCCACAGAUAUUUGAUAUAGAUGAUAAGAUUGCGCAACCCGAUUCAGAUAAAGAUUCUUUUGAUCAUGACUUUGAUUCCAUAGAUGAGAGAGUUUCUGAUUCAGUCUCUAGUGGCAGAGCAUAUCACCUAACGGCUCUAAAGAGAUUCUUUGAGAAGAUUCAAAAAUUCAGAUUAAGGCUGAACCCCAAGAAAUGCACCUUUGGAGUGACUUUUGGAAAAUUGUUGGGGCAUAUGGUCAGUGAGCGGGGCAUAGAGGUUGACCUAGAUAAGAUCAAAGCCAUACUUGACAUGCUUGUGCCGAGGACUGAGAAAGAAAUCAAGGGUUUUUUAGGUAGGUUACAGUACAUCCGUCGUUUCAUAGCCAGAUUGACAGACAUAUGUGAGCCAAUCUUUCGUUUUUUGAGGAAGAACCAACCAACAGUUUGGUAUGAUAAUUGCCAACUUGCAUUUGAGAAGAUCAAGGAGUACUUGCUUUCUCCUCCUGUUUUAGUGCCUCCUAUGUCGGGACGUCCACUUCUUUUGUAUUUGUUAGUUUCAGACAUGGCCUUGGGAUUUAUGCUAGCUCUGCUUGAUGAUUCAGGGAAGAAGCGAGCUAUUUAUUAUCUGAAUAAGAGGAUGCUGGAGUAUGAGAUGAGAUAUGUUAUGAUUGAGUGCCUCUAUUUAGCGUUAGUUUGGGCCACCAACAGAUUGAGGCAUUACAUGACAGAGUAUUCAGUGCACUUGAUUUCUCGACUAGAUUCGUUGAGGUAUUUGUUUGAUAGACCCGCAUUGACUAGUAGAUUGAUGAAAUGGCUCGUAUUUUUUACAGAGUUUGAUAUUCAAUAUGUUUCUCAAAAGUCAAUUAAGGAAAGCAUUGUCAUCGAUCACUUAGCCUCAUUACUGAUAUCUAAGGGUGGACCAGUUGAUGAUGAUUUUCCAAAUGAGAAGUUCCUUGCUAUGACUAGCUUAUCAGGUUGGCGCAUGUACUUUGAUGGUACGGCCAACCACUCAGGGUUUAGGAUAGGCAUUUUGUUGAUAUCCCCCUAUGGUGAUCAUAUUCCAAGGUCAAUUCGUUUGGCAUUUUCAGAUCGACAUCCCACCAUGAACAACAUAGUUGAGUAUGAAGCUUGUAUCCUUGGUCUAGAGACUGCAUCGGAGCUUGGUAUUAGACAAAUGGAGAUAUUCAGUGACUCCAAUUUGUUUGCUGAUGUCUUAGCUGCCUUAGCUUCUUGUGUGGACUUUCCAACUGAUGUGGUUAUACGUUCAUUGCUGAUUGAUUCGAGGUUUGCACCCACUUACUGUUGUCUGAUUGGAGAGACAGAGGUUCAGGAUGAUCUACCUUGGUAUCAUGACAUUUAUCAGCUUCUUAGAUUUGGCACAUACCCAGAGGCCACCACAGCCAACGAUUGGAGGGCACUGAGGCAGUUGGCCACUAGAUUUGUGAUUUGUGGAGAGACUUUACAUAAGCGAUCAGCUGAUGCCUUUACUGCUCCAUUAGUCUGUGACUUGUAUGCAGAAGAUCUAUGA